CGCUCUUCUCCUAGUAUACCACAAACAAGCCUUUAGUGUCGAAAAUAUACCAUUCAAUAUCUUCUCCCAAAUAUCUUCGUCCAAUCUACAAACACAUUGAAGUAGUUGGCUGGUCGUGUUCUACUCUGGAAUGGCGAACAAUCUCGCCGACGUCCUCCGUAUAUCUGAGCUUGAGGACCAGCUUCGUGACUCCCACCGCAAGAUCGAAUCCCUCCAGUCCGAGCUCACCUACCUGCGAUCCCAUACUGAGCGUCAGAUUGCGGAUUUGGAAGCAGACCUUCGCCAAACUCGAAUGGCCAGGGACUCACACCGGAAAGACCUGGUACAGACCAGGUAUCAACUCGGUAGGGCCUUGAAGGACCUAGGAGAGAUGAAGGAGGCGAAGAAGAGGACAGAAGCCAGGGUGGAUGUACCUGGAGGAGUGCUUGGAGCAGUGAUACUAGACCGGGUAGCAGAUGGGGCUGGAGGCGGAGUGAGGGCGGAAGACGGACUUGAGGCUUCACAGCCACCAGACGCUGUGGCUUCCGUUUCACAAGAGCAGCACGAAUGCCAAGAUAUGUCCCCCAUUGUGGAAGAGGAAAAAAUCGCGUCAGAUGGUAAAAUGGAACGUGAGUCCUAGAUACGAUUGGUAUUGAAAGUGUCACCCUUGAUGAUUCGCGACUCACGAUCAUCCCAGUCGAGUCUUUCCCCUCCUUGGAACAUGGAGCUACGCUGGUAGGUCAAUCUUCCCUGCCUGCUUUUGUGACAUUGACGCUGCUAUAUACAGCCAACCUCGGGAAAGAACGUGAAGGUCAAGAAAGCCUCUGUAUCACCGAGUGUCAAACCGCUGGCCUUCUUGGGCAGUACGAAGGCCGAUGAGAUAAAGCAGACGGCACCUGCGGAUCCCGCAACCCAACAGGCUCGCGAACCGACCGAGCCAGUAUCUGACCCUCCGCACAUCAACGAUGUUAUCGACAUCUCCGGAGAGUCUCAGACAGAAUCGGCCACUGGUAGCGCAUCGAAAUCGCACAGUUUAGGCAAGCGCAAACGCAAAGCCCCAGUCCGAUAUGGGGCAGAAGCAGACGAUGAUAACUUCAUGUAUGUGGAGAACGAUCCGUCCUCAGAUUUAUCCGAGUUAUCGGAUGAUUUCAGCGAAAGGGAUGAAGAUAGUGAUGAAGAGUACGGCGCGGCUGCCAGCGUGCGCGCGUCGAAAGGUAAGGCAAGGGCACGGUCUAGCAAUCCAUCGUCUCGCAAGGCUCCAAACCUCCCACGGUCAACGACCACUUCAUCUAUUGCCGCUGGCGCCUCUGCCACAGCGACCUCUCGAGAGUUUCCUCUGGAUAACGAUAACAUCAACCUCCCUGUCUUCUCCGUCCCUUACUUCACGAACCGUACUCCAACCCCGAUCAGUCGUCAAUUCCUGGCUUCGCACUAUCGCUGCAGUAACGUCGGGCUUGUUGUCCCCUUAAACCCUGUCCACAACCCUUCCCCAUCGUUCACCACAACCAAACCGCUCCAAAUGCUCCACCCGUCGCACGAACAGAACCCUCAUCUCCCUACGGAGUUUGGGAAGUCCGGCUCAAUUCUGUCAAAUAGACCCGAACUGGAGCCAGAGAACUAUAAAGGAGAUAUAAACAAAGGAGGUGUGCCGGUGUAUAGGCUCUGGGUGAAAUCUAGAGGGGGAGGGGAGGGGAAGAAGGUGGAGAGGAUAUGUUAUUUUGGAGAGUACGAGUUGAGGAAGGAAGGGCCGAUGAGUGGAGCAGAGUUUCAGGCUCUCGAUAGGAGUGUUCGCAAGGCGUGGACCAGUUUCCUGCACGGCGCCAAGCCAUUCUGCUACGCCUCAAUGGUCGCGCGGAUAGCGUUUCGGAGCGUCGGAAGAACUAUAACGACCCAAUCUGUGGAGAAAGAGGCCGCUAGGAGGAAGGGAAAGAACGCGAGCGUAGACGUGUCGAAAGAAGAGAUCGAGAGGGCGAUGUCCGCUGGGGAGGAAACGUUAAACGUGUGGUCAUUGAAGUGUGUAGGGUACGAUGAGGCUUUCGAGGAGGACAUGAAGACUUGGUGGCCGGUUUGGGAGGAAGAGCAGAGAAGGAAGAAAGAGGGAGGGUCGUCAGCGAAGAGGAAGAAAUAGGUGAUGGUAUCUUGCUGAUAUCUGGACGAUGUACGACGAAUCUUGGUUUGAGGUGAGAUUUGAAACGUAACGAAAUGCGACGACACGAUAGUUUCGGACCUGC